AUGCCCGAAGAUGAUGCGAGAAGACCGAGAAUUGGUCGCCCGAAACUGCGGACGAGUUGUGACGAAUGUGGCGCAGCUAAGCUGCGAUGUGAUCGUGGCCAGCCCGAGUGUGGGCGCUGUGUGUCCCAUGGUAUUUCGUGCGUCUACGGCGUUUCGCGCAAGAUGGGGAAACCGCCACGACAGAAGCCUCGUUCAAGCUCAGUGCAGGUAUCCACUGACCAGGUUAAUGUCACGGAGGCCUGUGAUACGGCUGAUGACAUGAUCGAUCUGGAAGGAUCCUUCGAUCAAUCAACUCUGCCUCUGUCAGCCUUUACCUCUCUGGAUUUUAAUGAAUGGCCUAACGUCGACCAAUUCAACACUAGUUUAUUUCCGAAUACUCCAGAAUCAUACGCCACUCACUUUACGAUACAUCCAGUCCAGCCUAGUAAGAGCCACCCGGCGGUCGACCAAAUCUUACCGCAUCAUGACUGCUCGCGCAAGGCCUAUGACAUGCUAGGAAGGUUGUCCCUGUUCGAUGACCGAUCGCUCGGAACACCUUUAGCCGCCGACGAGGUUCCUUUCGAUCAUGUGUUGCGCCUUAGUCGAGAAGCGAGCGAGCAGCUCAGCAAGCUUCUAGCCUGCUCCUGUGCCCCAUGCCCCAGUCUCACGUUUGUGAAGGCUUCAAUUAUUUCCAAAAUACUGUCGUGGUACCACCAAGCGGCCAUAUGCAUGCAGGUUGCUGCUUCGCGCGCCCUGACUGCAAUACCAAACUCAGUUACACCAGCAUGCAUAGCCGUUGGAUCAUUCAACGUAGACGACGAACGCGUCCAGGCGGCCUUGAAGAUUCAGUUAUUGUUAGGUGAGAUGAGAAGAGCAGGCCUUUUAAUUGAUCAAUUCACCAUGCAUGGAACUGGUUCAACUUAUCAUGACGAUCAAUCGAACCCGGACAGCGUCGAUAGAUUAUAUAAACACCUAACCACUUGGUUAAAGGGCGAGCACUCGCGGAUAAUCCAUAUCAUGAGGUCAAAGCUGAGAGAGCUGAACAGCUGA